CAUCUCCUCUUUCUUACCUCUUUCCUUAUUUCCCUUGUGUUAAAAAUUAGAGUUUUCUUUUAUCCUUAAGAACUCAGUGUCGUGAGCACCAUUUAAGAUGUACAGCUUCAUGGGAGGAGGUCUUUUCUGUGCCAUCAUGGCCAAUGUCCUCCUGGUGCUGUCCACAGCCACUGAUUACUGGAUGCAGUAUCGGCUAUCAGGUGGCUUCGCUCACCAGGGCCUGUGGCGUUACUGCAUGUCGGGCAAGUGCUACAUGCAGACGGACAGUAUCGCAUACUGGAACGCUACAAGGGCCUUCAUGAUCCUGUCUUCGAUGUCAUGCUUCGCAGGAAUCAUCGCCGGCAUUCUUUCCUUCACCCACUUCUCUGGAUUUGAGAGAUUCAGUCGUUCCUUUGCUGCAGGAAUCAUGUUUUUUGUUUCGACUCUCUUUAUUUUCCUGGCCAUGGCGAUCUACACCGGGGUUACCGUGAACUUCCUGGGAAAGCGUUUUGGUGACUGGCGCUUUUCCUGGUCCUACAUACUCGGCUGGGUUGCUAUGCUAAUGACCUUCUUUGCAGGUAUCUUUUACAUGUGUGCCUACAGAAUGCACGAGAGCAGGCGAGUCGCUGGAUCACGCUAGAAGGAUAAAAAGGAUUUAAAGAAAAAAAAAGAAAAGUAAAGAAAAAACAAUUCGUACUGAAAUAGAAUAUGUUGUCAGAACACUAC